AUGGAACGUAGUGGGCGCCGAUCCCCCAACUUACACUUGGAUCUGUAUAACUUCCAGGAGGGCAAUGACAGCCGCUAUGUGCUCACCAGCCCCCGCUCCCUGGAGGCCUGUGCCCGGCUGGCCGUCAGACCCGUCGAUCUCCUUCCCAGGUCAGUGGGGGAAGUGGCGGAGCAGCACCCGGGGGCCGGGCAGGGGCAGCUCAACCAUCUGUGGGAGGAAUACGAGGAGGAGCGAAGGAGCAGACUGAGGCUGUGCAAGCAGCUACGGGCACAGAUAGUGCAGGGGGAUCCCAGAGCAGGAGGGCCCCAUGGGGCCAAAGAACUAGAAAUCCAGAAUGAUGGGGCCCUAGUGAAGCCCAGAGACUGGCCUACAUAUAAGGGGGGCACAGGUCACCCCAUGAUCUAUUCUACCCAAUCAAAUGCAGGGGGGACCCUCCCAAGAGAAAGAGAUUUCCCAGCAGCACCCUCCUCCCGUCGUUCCAUGAUGGGCCCCACCCACCCCGGGCCCUGGCGCCUCAGGAGAAGUCUGAGCCUGGGGGAUCUGACGGCCCCGGAGCUGCAGGUGAGACAGCUGGCGAGAGACGUGGAGCGAGAGGCCCGGGUGUGCGUCUCCCAGAGAGAUAAGAAGAUUGCAGCGCUCAUGUUGGCCAAGUACAGGGAGGAGGAUCUGGCCCAGGAGAGGAAGCUCAGGGCCCAGCGAGCCUGGCGGGGGUUAUUAGCCGAAGAGCAGAGGCUGAAAGAGGCGCUGAGUAAAGCAGAUUGGAUGAACCUGCAGCUCGGGGGGGUAUGGAGGAGACGGUCAAGGAGCUCCAGUGACCGCAGAGGGGAUCUCACCUCAGAGUAUUGGAGAGAAAAGACUGGCGCUAAUGUGGGAUCCACAAGUGGAAUAGAUAAUAAGAUCCACCUGGAGGAGCCCACAGCGACACAUGAAGAGUUUAACAACCCCGUCUUUGAGCAGCGCAUGUCCCAGGCCUUCAGGUUCCGGCUGAUGAAAGAACUGCAGAACAAGCAGAACCUGCAGGUGAAGAACCAGUACGAAAGGCUGAGGCACAGCAGGCUGAAGGAGAAGGUGGAUAUCCAAGCCAAAGCCGAGGAGCAGUGUAAGCGGAUGCAGAUCAAGCAGAAGGAGCGCAAGUCUCAGCAGCUUUAUGGGCAGUUACUUGUAGAGAGGAGCAAGGAGCUGAGAGAGAAGGCGGCCAAGGAGGAAGAGCUGCUGCUUCUGGCCAAACUCAGGGUCGAGCAACAGGAGAAGGAGCAGAUGAAAUACAAAGCCAUGUUGGCCAAGCUCACAGACCAGAAGAUCCAACAGGCCAAGGAUUCCCUGGACAAGAGCAUUCAGAUUCGGGCAGAGAGGACCCGAGAGGUGAACACCAUGAAGGAGAAGGUCCAUCAGCUGCUGAAACAGAAAGUGGAGGAACAGGACGAAAACUACAGGAAGCAAAUGAAAUAUCUGAUCAGGGAAAAGGACUGGAGAUGUGCCCAGUUGCUGAAAGAGAAAGAGGCCACAGUGGAACAGGGCAAGAAAACUGCAAUGGCUUCCUUCCAAAUGAGGGAGAAAAUCAGAGAGCAGACCAGGAGCCGGACCUUCGACCAAAUGGUGAGGCAGGCAGAGAUGAACGCGAGUCUGCUCAGAUACACCUCAUAG